AUGGUGCGACCCGAAACUCUUUACGUGCAGCACGCGCUGUUCGGAGCGAGCACGUUCGGGUCGAGAGAGACGAACCAAAGACCAAAGACCAAAGACCAAAGACCAAAGACCAAAGACCAAAGACCAAAGACCAAAGACCAAAGACCAAAGACCAAAGACCAAAGACCAAAGACCAAAGACCAAAGACCAAAGACCAAAGACCAAAGACCAAAGACCAAAGACCAAAGACCAAAGACCAAAGACCAAAGACCAAAGACCAAAGACCAAAGACCAAAGACCAAAGACCAAAGACCAAAGACCAAAGACCAAAGACCAAAGACCAAAGACCAAAGACCAAAGACCAAAGACCAAAGACCAAAGACCAAAGACCAAAGACCAAAGACCAAAGACCAAAGACCAAAGACCAAAGACCAAAGACCAAAGACCAAAGACCAAAGACCAAAGACCAAAGACCAAAGACCAAAGACCAAAGACCAAAGACCAAAGACCAAAGACCAAAGACCAAAGACCAAAGACCAAAGACCAAAGACCAAAGACCAAAGACCAAAGACCAAAGACCAAAGACCAAAGACCAAAGACCAAAGACCAAAGACCAAAGACCAAAGACCACAACCAAAGACCAAAGACCAAAGACCAAAGACCAAAGACCAAAGACCAAAGACCAAAGACCAAAGACCAAAGACCAAAGACCAAAGACCAAAGACCAAAGACCAAAGACCAAAGACCAAAAAGCCAAAAAAAUCCACAUAG